AUGACGAUGAAGAUGACGAUGGGCAUGGGCUUGGGCAUGGGCAUGGGCAUGGGCAUGGUUGGCAUGUUCCUCCUGCAGAUGGUGGCAUCAUCGGAUCUCCGACCUGGGUUUUACUCAAGAACGUGUCCCAAGGCGGAAGUGAUAGUCCGACAUGUGAUGAAAAAGGCUCUUGCCAGGGAACCCAGAUGCGUUGCCUCUGUCAUGCGGUUCCAGUUCCAUGACUGUUUUGUGAACGGCUGUGAUGCCUCCAUGCUGCUCGAUGAUACACCGACCAUGGUUGGGGAGAAACUGGCUCUCUCCAACAUUAAUUCGUUGAGAUCAUUUGAAGUUAUUGAUGAUGUUAAGGAAGCCCUUGAGAAGGCAUGCCCUGGAGUUGUCUCCUGUGCUGACAUCAUAAUCAUGGCAUCCAGAGAUGCUGUCGCUCUGACUGGUGGACCCGAUUGGGAGGUGAGGUUGGGAAGAUUGGACAGCUUGAGUGCUAGUCAAGAAGAUUCAAACGACAUCAUGCCCAGCCCAAGAGCCAACGCCAGUGCUCUUAUUGAUCUCUUCCAAAAGUACAACCUCACAGUGAAAGACCUUGUUGCACUCUCGGGAUCUCACUCUAUAGGCCAAGGUCGUUGCUUCUCCAUCAUGUUUAGGCUAUACAAUCAAUCUGGAACUGGAAGGCCUGACCCUGCCAUUGACCAUAACUACAGAGAAGAGCUUGAUAGGCUAUGUCCCCUGGAUGUUGACCAAAAUGUGACAGGGAACCUUGACUCCACGCCUCUCGUGUUUGACAACCAGUAUUUCAAGGACUUGGUAGCUGGGAGGGGAUUUCUCAACUCUGAUCAGACCCUUUUCACAUUCCCACAGACAAGGGAGUUUGUGAGGUUGUUUAGUAGACAUCAAGAUGACUUUUUCAAAGCCUUUGUGGAAGGCAUGCUGAAAAUGGGUGACUUGCAGUCUGGUCGGCCUGGUGAAGUCAGGACAAAUUGCAGAGUGGUCAAUGCUCGCCCGGCACAUUUGCUGCUUGAGUCUCAGCUCAUUCUCGAGAGUAAUAAUAAAUCAAUAUUCUCAAUAUAA